AUUUUUUUUAUCUAAUACUUAUAUUUUAUUUUAUUUCAGCUUUAUUUCAAAUAACAAAAACGAUUUUAUAAUUUUAAGGUAACAAUAACAACACUGUUGAGCACUUGAUAAAUGCACUUAGAAUAAUUUAUAAUUAAACGUGUAAGCCAUUUCUAAUUUGUUAUAAGAAAGUUAUUUCUUGGUUCAUAUUUAAUUUAAUGAUAAUAAAUCUGCCUCAGUGUCAUAAAUGUGCAUAACAGUGCAUGUAGUAGCGCAUGUGAAACGCAUACAUAUGGGAUGAUGGGUGUUGUAGUUUUUAAAACUGCCUGAACUAGUUUCGUAGAAGCGCAUGGGUGUUGAAGUGAAAGUCCGUUUGCGUCGAACCUCAAAUUUCCGCGUAUUCUGCGUUCAUGAACUUUAAAAACAUCUGCUGUAAUGUCCACAUUGAGGGGCGAGAAACACAUUUUAAAUGAUACAAAGUCCUCGAGUGGCAAUAUGGAUUCCAUACAUUGCAACUGGAAUGGAGCAAAAAGUGACCAGAUAUCCACUAGGCCUAGACCCAUGUCAGACACCUUAUCCAAAUUGGCUCAAUUCAUCACUUGCAUUGAGUACAAACCAAAACCACAGACGUCUUCCUCCAUCCGCAAAGACUGCGUCCAAGAAUUCUCCGAACUGAAUGCCCUUGUGCAUCAGCAGGAAAGAGAGCAAGUCCUACAAAAGCUCCAUUGCUGUCAACGCUGUGGCCAAAAGUUUGCUUUGCUCUCUAGUUUGCAGCUACACAAGUGCCCUGGCGUCACAUCUAUGUGCCAGACAUGCAGAGGGAAACCCGCAAUGAGUUCUUCGUGCCCUUCCUGCGGGAUCGAACCUUCAGGCCCACGUCGCCCAGAAGAUCCCUUCUAUCCAGACAACAGCCCCUAUGCGUGCGCCCCAUGCGGACAAGCUUUCAGCCAUAAGCAAGAGCUGCUGUACCACCAGCAGGCUGGAGGCUGUCAGCCCGCAAAGACUCUCAAACCUCCUUCACCUUCAUACGCCUCAUUGCCGCCAUCUCACCCAAGCGCCAGCGCGUCUCUCCCUUCAUGCACUUUGUGUUCCAGAACAUUCCGUUCUACUGCUGGACUUUCCUGCCACAUGCGCUUUUCCCACACACAUAUGGAAAGCAGCACGAAGGAGAAGAAAGUUCUCCUCUCAAGUACGUCGUUUCCAUGCCGUUCCUGUGACAAAUCAUUUCCUAAGACAUCACUGCUCCACCGGCACAGGAAAGAGGAACACCGGCGCGAAACAAAGGUGAGGAAACUGCAGAGGAACUCUGUGAAAGCUACCAGGCAAAGGCGGAAAGGUGAGACGUAUCCAUGCCUCCACUGCGGAAAAGAGUUCCUGCACCAUCUGACGCGCUGGGCGCAUUUCAAACACUACACCACUCACCAUCAGACCCACCUCAAAUUAAGUGCCAAAUCAGCUAGUGCUGACGCAGAUGGGUUCCACCCAAAGGCAGCUAAGAAGCUCAGUCCUUCCCAAGAAAAUAGACCAAAGAGAGGUAGACCGAGGAAAAAUCUACCUGCUUUGACGGAAACGAAGCAAGAGGAUGAAGCGGAAAGGAAUAAGCAGGAUGACAGCGAUGAAGACGAGGAUACCGAGUUUCCUUGUACGUCAUGCGAACAGGUCUUUAGCUCCAAAGCUGCUCUGCGUGUGCAUGAGGAAGUCCACGAGGAAGUGCCUAAAGAAAUUCAUCAACCGGUCGACACGUGCAGGUGUUGUAGUGUGUGUUCAGGUGGGAUUCCCCUCUCUGAGAUUCCAGAAGAUUGUGAAAAGAAAGUCUAUCACUGUGUGCCAUGUGCCGAGGCCUUCGUAGCCCUGAACACUUUUAUAGAGCACUGCCAGAAACAUCUCAUACGUGAGAAUGAAGAUGAAUUCAGUGAUGACUGAAAGAAUUUCACUCAAUUAUUUUCUCACCCUCAUUUUUUUUCUCACAGAACAUUAAAAAAAAUUCUUAAAGAGCCAUUGCAUAUAUUUAGACAAAAAGCACCAUUAAAGUCCUCCAAAAACUAUUGGUGCAUUUCAAAGAAAAAGCUAAAAGCAUAUGGGUUUUUAUGACAUGACGGUGAAUAAAUAUAAUUCCAAAAUUUUAAUUCUUGGGUGAACUGAUCCUUUAAAGGGAUUGCCGACCUAAAGAUGAAAAUUCUGUCACCAUUUACUCACCCUCAUGUUGUUUUAAACCUGUAUGCAUUUCUUUUUUCUGCUCAACACAAAGAAGAUAUUUUGACGAAUGUUAAUAACCAAACCGUUUCAGUUCCCACUGACUUCCAUUGUUUUUUGUGUAUACAGUAAAAGUCAGUGGGAACUGAAACCGUUUAUUUACCAACAUUCUUCAAAAUAGAGUUGUCAAAAAUAUCGACUUCGGUACCAAUCGGUACUGAAAUUUUAAAAAUGUGACGCUUUGAGCGCUGUUGAGCAGAUUCGUAAACACUUCUGAUUGGCCAUUGUGUUCACUCGCUCAACAGAUAUGUCUGUGAUUGGCUACAAUGAUCAACGCACGGGAGCGUUUGAAUUUAAAAGCGUUUUGAAAGCGGGAGCAUUUGAAAGCAGGCAGCUGAUAGACGGCUGCUUUCAAACGCUCCCGUGUGUAUCUGUGUAAGCGCUUGAUGAUGAGCGUUAUUGAUGUCUAUUUACAACAUGUUUUUGAAGCGUUGAUCAUUGUAGCCAAUCACAGACAUAUAUGUUGAGCACGAGAACACAAUUUCCAAUCAGAGGUGUUUAUGAAUCCACUCAACAACGCUCAAAGUGUCACAUUUUUAAAAUUUCAGUACCGACUAGGUACCGAAUUUGGUACUUUUGACAACUCUACUUCAAAAUAUGUUUGGAACGACAUGUGGUUGAGUAAAUGAUGACAAAAUUUCAUUUUUGGGUGUACUGUCUCUUUAAGGGCAGGGAAAUUCUUCUGCAGAUGCUUUAGAAUAUCAGGAAUUACAUUCAUCAGGCAUUUUUGAUUUGGGUAAACUGUCUUAAUGUUUUCAGUAUUGUACAGAUUUUGAUUUCUGUGGUUCAUGAGGUAUAAUGUUGUAUGGUGUAAACAGGAUAACUCGCUCCUACUACACUGAGCCAAACUGCCUGACAAAUAAUAGAGGCCUUCGAUAGUAAUGGCAAGCCAAUAUUAUUUUGUCAGAUACGGGUACUCAAAUAAAACCACUUCUACUUACAGCGUAGUUCUGCUCUAGGAUGUUUUUCCAUACUUUCACACAGACCUAGACAUAUAUCUAUUAUAUUACUGUGAGAAUAAGGUGAUUUGAUUUUUUUUUAUUUAUUUUUUUUUAUACACAUACAGAUACAUCACUUCUGUUUUCUAAAUGGCCAGUGCCUUUGCUGAAACAAAACCAGCUAAAAUUAAUGUGCUCGUCUGUCAAGUUGGGGGACAUAAUAUCUUUGGAUCUGUGAGAUUUGGCUACUGAACUUUUGCAGCCUGUUUUAUUAUAUUACAUUCUACUCAAGCAUUGUGAAAUUUCUGUUUGUAUUUUAUAAAGGAAACAAAAUAAGCUUUAUUCUUAUAACAUAUUAUAGUCAAAAUAUCACAGUAUGAGAAUUUGUAUUUCAAAGUCAUAGGUUUGCUGCUAAACAUAGUGCAUAAAAUCUAACAUGUUAAGUUGUAGAAGCAUAACGGAUAUUAGCAUGUUUUAUAUACAUUAUAUUUUAUGCUAUCAUACCAAAUGUUGCAAGUAUAACUUCAUUACUUUCUUUCUAGAUAUAUACAGGAGAAUGAUUGAUGUGCAGAAAUGAGACCUCAGAUCUGUCUCAGGUGAAUCUUGCAAAGAAAAAAAAAAGUAAAUUUUACUGCAUUUUUGUUUAAUUUCUUUAUCAGUGGUUGUUAACCUUUAUUAAUCUUCAUUAGUUUCUGUUUUAUGUAACACUUCUAACAUUUUGUUUUUCUGACACCAAAUGGGCAGCAGUGAUUUUUUUUUUUUUUUUUUCCCAGCUUUUUUUGCACUGAUCAUUUUGUUUCUUUUCUUUAAACACUGUAAAGAGUCCACUUUAUGGCUCACGUUGUACAUGAGGAGUGCAAAUAUAUAUAUAUAUAUUUUUUUUUCAAAUCUUCUAUUAUGAACAUAGACUGGAGGCAUUUUGAAAUUGCAUUAAUCUAAUCUCUGGGUGUGUUUACUAGCAGCUACCUCCAGUAUUACCUGCUUUGUCCCAAGAUGUGUGAUGAUUUCUUUUCGUUUGAAAAACGAGAAAAUUUACCUCGUCACUUAUCACAUUGAAAUAGUUUUUGAAUAAAUCGUUAAAAAAUG